AUGAAGCAAAAUCAGUUUGUUGACGGAAAAGUAUAUGGAAUUGUUAUAACUGGGCAUUUAAAAAGAGGCGACUUUGAGGAUGCCUUUCAAGCUUUUACUGUAAUGAAAGAAUCUGGACAUAGCCACACUGCAGAGACCUAUAACAUGGCCAUAAAAUUAUCUGGAUCUGGGAAAGAUUCUAUACACAUGAGAAACCUCUAUUUGGAAAUGAGAAGAAAAAGGCUCUUUGGUAACUUCAGAAACAUGGACUAUCAUGAUGAUGCAUAUGCUCGAGCAGGUUCGACUGAGAUUGCUAUAAAGAAAUUUAAAGAAAUGAUAAGUGAUGGGUGUAAAACAAAUGGAAACACGUUCAAGUAUUUGCUAAUGUUUCUUUGUGUGAAGAAUGGCCGAAAGGUAGAUGAAGCCGUCAAACUGUUCCAUGACAUGAUCAGGGCUAAAUAUGUGCCUGACAAAGAACUGGUUGAAAUCUAUCUUAAUUGUCUGUGUGAAGUAGGAAAAGUAUCAGAUGCUCAAAAAUGCAGGGAAUAUUUAUGCAAGAGUGGGUUUAGCAAGCCUCUUAGCUAUUCGUUGGUCAUUAGGGCUCUUCGCCGUGGGAGGCUAGAUGAAGCUCUGGUUAUGGUAGAUGAAGUAGUAGGGGAAGAAAGAUCUAAACUUGAUCAAUAUAUUUACGGAAGUCUUGUUCAUGGUUUACUAAGAGCAGGUAGGGUGGUUGAAGCCUUAGCGAAGGUGGAUCAUAUGAAACAGGAAGGUAUCAAUCCAACAGUCCAUGAAUAA